AUCCGAAGGAUGUCCACCCUGGCUGCCCUCGAACUUGCCGGACCGCGAAGCCCGCAUCGCACCUUGUGGUGUGAACUUCCUCAGGUCCAGGAAAGCGGGGUUCUAGUGAGAGACGUCAGCGAAGCUCUGCUCUGCGACCUGGAGAAACGCUGGGCUGAGAACAUCGUCAUCGAGGACAUUUCAGACAUCAUCCUCGCACAUGCGCAAGACCAUUUCGGGGUUUAUGUCAAAUAUUGUUCAAACAAGAUUCACCAGGAUCGUCUCCUCAAUAAUCUCAAAGAAACUUCGCCUCAGUUUUGUGAAGUGCUAAGAGAACUGGAAACUGAUCCUGUGUGUCAAAGUCUGUCGAUGCACUCAUUCCUCAUGCUGCCGAUGCAACGUAUCACGAGGCUACCUCUGCUCAUUGACGCCAUCUUCCAUCGCCAUCCUCCAUCUUCUGAGGAGUAUGAAAACUGCAAGAACGCUUUGACCGUGCUGAACAAAGUGGUGCACGAAUGCAACGAAGGUGCUCGCAAGAUGGAGCGACUGGAGGAGCUGUUGGUGUUGAGCAGACAGCUGGACUUCGGGACAGGCGUGAAGGCCCUGCCGCUCAUGUCGGCGUCGCGGUGGCUCGUCAAGCGCGGCCAGCUGACUCGGCUGCUCUGGAAAGAGUCGGACACGAUGAAGCGGGCCGGCGGACUGGGCCGGAAUCGGCCGCACAAACAACCCCUGCAUUUAUUCCUUUUUACUGACGUUUUGAUUAUAACGAAGAAAAAAGGGGAAGAACAGGGUUACACCGUGCUCGAUUACUGUUCGAGGAACAUGAUCCAGAUCCAGGAGGAAUUCGAUGAAACUAUGUUGCCUGGAAAACUUCCCGAUGGAAUCAACAAGGCCCACGUAUUGGCUUGCCCUGGAGACUCUGAACGAGCUCGAUGGACAGAAGCUGUUACCCCGAGACGAUCCAGUGACCCUAACGAAGUGAUAUACGAGGAAUGGGACUGUCCCCAAGUCCAAGCCAUUCACCCGUACACGGCUCAGCAGCCUGACGAGCUCAGCCUUGAAACGUCCGACGUCGUCAACGUUUUCAAGAAAACUGCUGAUGGGUGGUAUCAAGGCGAAAGGAUCCGCGACGGAGAACGCGGCUGGUUCCCUGGCAACUUUUGCGAAGAAAUCGCGUCUGCACACGUCAGGGCCCGAAACCUUCGUCAGCGAUACCGAUUACUUGUCCUUUCCGGUUCUUACUUGGAGGAGAAGCGACGUGUCAGUGUCGGCAAGGCGGCCAUGUUCUACGUGCCUUUGGCGGCGGACGCCGCCACCACCACCACCACCACCGCCGCCGCCGCCACCGCCGUCGGCAAUAAUAAUAAUAAUAAUAAUAAGCGUCGCGAACGAAAGUCCGCCUCUUCCGUCUUCGCCCCUGCCAUGUGAACCGAGUCGGGGGAUUUCAUAUAGUUUAAAUUUUGUUCACGCUGUUGUGUUUUUUGUGUCUUUCGAGAUUUUAAAUUUUUCAAAUGGAUUAUUCUUCGCAACAGCUAUUAUCGGAUUCGAACCCCCUGUGCUCGGGUUUUCUUUUGUUUAAUUAUUGUGUCUGCCCUCACGGCUUCAUGUCAUCGCCAAACGUUGAAAGUUCACGUUGAUUAAAAGUGACUAAGUUUCAUCUCAGAAGAAAAAAGUUGACUUUCUAAUUGAGAAGAUCUGAAGUCUUUUUUUUUGUUUCCGUGAGUUGCGUUUAAAUUUGUGAAGGAAAACUUGCUGGUUUUUCCUCUUCUUUAUAUUUUGUGUCGUAUGAGUAACGCAGUUGGGAGUUUCCA